AAACAACAUGAUUUAUAUUCUUGCAUAUUUGCAAUAUUUAUUUGAGUAAGAUAAACGGUUGAAUGUCAUGUUCAAAAGCACGUCAUACAACAAAAACGGACAGAGCACAUAACUACAGUAUUCUGGUGUGUCUAUAUAUAAGGUGAGGUGCCACACAUUUGCAUUCAUAAAGAUCAAGCUAAUCUCUCAUAUUUGCUCGUAAGUAUUACAUAUUAUGGUGUCGAGAGACAGUGCUGUCCAUGAGGAGGUACUCGGCUUUGAGCCCUCUGUGUGGGGCGACUUCUUUAUCAACUAUGAACCACAACCAUUACAGGCAUUACCACACUGUUAUUUCCCAUAUAUGCAUUGCCCUUGCAUUCUGAUUAAUGCGAUGCUAACUAACUGUUCUGAUGAAUCUAUACUUAAUUUCAAGCAGAGAUCAGAGACAUGUAUGCAGGAGAGGGCCGAGAAGUUGAAAGGGGACAUCCGGACAUUGUUUGGGACCUGCAAUGACAUUUCGGCGAGGAUGAACUUAGUGGAUUCCAUUCAACAUCUUGGAAUCGUUCACCUCUUCCAAGAGCAGAUAGAAGAUGCUCUAAUGAGCAUCCAUGAGAGUGAAUUCACAAGCUCUAGUCUCUAUGAGGUUGCUCUUCGGUUUCGCCUGCUUAGGGAGCAUGGGUUUUGGGUGCCUCCAGAUGCAUUCAACAAAUUUAAGGGAGAUGAUGGGAGGUUUCGAAAUGAGAUAGCGAAUGACCCAAGGGGGCUACUAAGUUUAUACAACGCGGCUCACCUCCUCAUUCAUGGCGAGCCAGAGCUUGAAGAAGCAAUCACUUUCGCACGGGAGCACCUUAAAUUGAUGAGUCAAGACAAUGUUCUCAACCCUCCUUUAGCUUGCCAAGUCAGGCGUGCACUUACCUUACCACUGCCAAGGACUUUCAAGAGAGUUGAGACUAUUUGCUACAUGUUGGAGUACCAACUAGAGGAAGGAAAUAUCCCAAUUCUUCUUGAUCUCGCAAGGCUGGAUUUUAACCUCCUGCAACAUAUUCACUUGAAAGAACUCAAAGCAAUUUCUGAGUAUGCCUGUCGAUCGAUCUCUUUGAUAAUUGUUGACUAUAGAUAAAUGAUAGAUGGUUUUGUGCAUCUUAGAUACAACAACUGGUUUAUCCAUUAUCUAAAAGGAUAAUUAACAGGUCAUUUGAGAUAAUAUUGGAAUGCACUAAAUAACUAAAAUUGUUAAGUGCAAAUAAAUUAACAGUCCAUGCCUUUCACAUAUGUACUUGAUGGCAAGAGGUGUUCGUAGGAAUGCAUGUUAUCAUAUACUAUCUGGUUCUUAAGAAUAUAUGUCACCUCAGCAUUCAAUUUUAUUCGGAGUAAAUACACUUAUUAUCUUGGAGCAGAAGAAUGCUCUUGUUGUGUGCAAAACUACACUGACAUUGUAUAUAUUUUGAAAAAUUAUCCAUGGGAUACCCAAUACCCACAAGCUAGCACUGUAAAACAAUGAUUAGCUCCUUAUCUGUUCAUAUAACUAAAGGUCUAAGCACACUCUUGGAAUGAUUAUUUUCCAGAUGGUGGAAAGAUCUUUAUGGAUACAUGGGGCUAAGUUACAUUAGGGAUCGUACAAUAGAGGGGUACACUUGGUCCUACAUGAUGUUCUAUGAGGAAGGCUUUGCAUUCACGAGAAUGUUUGUUGCCAAAUUAAUUGCACUGGUUACUGUGAUGGAUGAUACAUAUGAUGCUCAUGCCACCAUCGAGGAAUGCCACUAGCUUAACACAGCGAUACAAAGGUAGGAUUAGUUCAGUAUGUUUAAUUGUUUAUUGGUACUUUAUCCAUUCCAAAAUAGAUAACAUCCUGACAAGUGAAGACAAAUUGUAACAUCUUAGCCUACUAAUAAAUAUAUCGAAGAAGAUAUCAAAUUUCUAUGGCGUGACAUUACUCCCUCUGAUUCUAAAUAUAGUUGUUUUAGACUUGGAUACAAGAACUAAUAAAUAGUUCAAAUGACUUUGUUGUCCUUCAUUUAUUCUGCAUUGGAAAGAAAUCGUCAAUUAUUUGUGAGAGAAUUGUCGAGGUAAGAAAAUAUAAAAGAAGUUCAUACAAUUCCUGAAACGAAUUGUAUUUUGGCAAAUAUUUGGGAAUAUUAAAACGACUUAUAUUUGGGAUCAGAAGGAGUAUUAGAUUGUCGUGAAAAAUACUUUCAUGCAGUUAUAUUUCAAAUACUUUGAGGUAUGGACAUAUCAUUAGAAAAGAUAAUGAUUAAAUGUAUGCUCUGGAUCAGUUGAUGUAAAUGUCUUAAUUGACAAGAAAGAAAGAAUUGAGGGAUCAUUAAAAUGAGAAA